UACGUGAAGGCUGCAGAACCCGAUGGGUUGGUUGUUUGGCCAACACUCGCCAUCAGGGUCACAAUCAGAAACUCUCUUUGGUUUGACUCUCAUGCAUAAAAUUUUCACAAACUGCAACGAGUUUGGCCCAGCUCACAUGGAAGUGUCCGCUCAGCAGAAUCCUCUCAGCGCCAGCGAUCGAUACAAGAGCCGCCCCCAUGACAGCUGGAAACGGCUCAGAGCGAGUCCUCUCUACAGAGGCCACCAUGUUUUUUACAGUAGCCCAGAAUGGACAAACUUCACACCUUUUGAGUUUUUAUGACAACUGAAGCUACCACAGGUUUACGUUUGGAAGUGGAGGGUGAGCUGCAAAAUGCAGAAUCUAACUGAACUUCCAACCAACGCAACCUCCCACAGGAGCCUGUCUGUGAUCAUCAAGGUGUGUGUGGUCAUCCCCUUCUUCUGCGUCUUCCUGUUCUGCAUCGCUGUCAUGCUGCACAUCUUUGCGUCCCACAGGCAGUUCAUGGACACGUCCCGCUACAUCCUGUUCGCCACCAUGCUGGUCAACGACACUGUCCAGCUCACGACCUCUGUGCUGCUCUUUCUCUUUAUCAUGGGUCGGGUGAACUUUGCUCUGGUAUACUGUGUUCCCCUGCUCUUUAUAGCCACCGCCACCUUCCAGAACACCCCCUUAAUCCUGGCCACCAUGUCACUGGAGCGUUACAUUGCCAUCGUCUACCCCCUGCGACGCCCGGCCUCCUGGCGCUCAGACCGUAUAUGGAUCAUUAUUCUGUCUCUCUGGUUCAUCAGCUGCAUCUUCCCUGUCAUUGACUAUUUCAUCGGAAAACAUGAUCCUUCUGUGGAUGUCCUCUCCACCCCUGUGAUUUGCAAAACUAUUGUUGUUAACCCGUCUCCGAUCCAGACUCUGUUCAAAGCUGCUGUCAGUUUGCUCUUCUUUGCAGUGGUCGCCGUCAUCAUCCUCUUUACAUAUGUGAGAAUCCUGCUGGAGACCAGGAAGCUGAGACAGGACAGAGUGUCUGUGAGCAAAGCCAUGCACACGGUGCUGCUGCACGGCUUCCAGCUGCUGCUGUGCAUGCUGGCCUUCACCCAUCCCAUUACUGAGUCUGUCAUAGUGCUGCACGCCAACUGGCCUCCAGAAGAUAUCUCCUUUUUUAAUUACUUCUGUUUCGUCCUAAUCCCACGUUUUCUGAGUCCGCUCAUCUACGGCUUCAGAGACCAGAGUCUCAGGGGCUACAUCGGGAAAACGUUCCUCUGCUGCUCAAAGAAAGUCCAACCCUGCUCGUAGAAUUAAGUAAGAUUAAAGACAGGAGUCAGGAGCCUAUGUGAACAUUGGAGCAGGUUCAUAUUCUUACUUUUCACAACCAAUGGCCUUUAAGAGACGCUUCCUAUUGCACUUCCCUUGUAAGUAAUGGUGACAAGACACAAAGUCCUUAUUCUUCUGGGUAAAUGUAAAUGCCAUGUGUAUCUGGUAUUUUAUUAUGAAAUUCAAAAACUAAAUGAAUUUCUUUCCUCCAAAAAGGCCUUAAAGGGGAUUGAAAAAGUCUCCGACAGUAAUUUUGUUUAUGAAACAUCAUUGUAUCUUAAUGAAACAGUUGAAUGUGCUGCAGAAGACUUAUCAAUCUCUUUUUGUUUUUGUCAGUCAGCAGUAUCAGAUCUGCAGCAAACACUGUCACUGCUGCUGCUUUAUGGCGCUCAUUAUCUCAUGAUGGAAAAUGUAAGAAGAAGAUGAAAAUAAAUUGCAUUGCUUGAUUCAUCGCCCAUUUCAUAAAACAUAUCUGGAUCCACUGAAUGAUUAUUAUCAGUGGAAAUGUCUGUUAUAUGAGUCCAUGUGAUAUGAAUUAAAAGAUUAUAAGUCCUAUUGUCCCAA